GCUAAUCAUUGACAGAGCCAAGCCCCACGCCUUAGCGAGCGAGCGAGGCGUCGAUAAGAGCCGCAGCCAGGCGGCGGUGUGCAGCACGCCGGGCCCGCGCCGCCUCCGGAAUGAAUGGGCUUCCCCGGCGCCCGCCCGGGAGCGAAGAUGUCCCGAGGGCCGCGCUGCUGCUGCUGCUGCUGCUGCUCCCCGCCGCGGCCGGGCUGUCCGGAGAGGGAAGAGCCGUCUGGUCUAGAAAGCCCAGCGCGAGCCCGGUGAACGCAAGUCAGCUGUUCCUCUAUGACACCUUCCCUAAAAACUUCUUCUGGGGCGUGGGGACUGCAGCGUUUCAAGUGGAAGGGGGUUGGCAGGAGGAUGGGAAAGGACCCUCCAUCUGGGACCACUUCGUCCACACACGCCUGAAAAGUGUCAACAGCACUGGGGGUUCCAGUGACAGCUACACGUUUCUGCAAAAAGACCUGUCAGCUCUGGAUUUUUUAGGAGUUUCUGCCUAUCAGUUCUCAAUUUCCUGGCCAAGGCUUUUCCCCGAUGGAAUGGCAGCAGUUGCCAAUGCAAAGGGUGUGCAAUACUACAAUGCCCUUCUGGACGCUCUGGUGCUGAGAAACAUCCAGCCUAUAGUUACUCUGUACCACUGGGAUUUGCCUUUGGCCCUGCAAGAAAAAUACGGGGGGUGGAAAAAUGAAUCCAUGAUAGAUAUCUUCAAUGACUACGCCACGUACUGUUUCCGGGCAUUUGGGGACCGUGUCAAAUAUUGGAUUACAAUUCACAACCCCUAUCUGGUUGCUUGGCAUGGGUAUGGAACAGGGAUUCACGCUCCGGGAGAAAGGGGAGACAUAGCAACGGUCUACACCGUGGGACACAACCUGAUCAAGGCCCACGCCAAGGUCUGGCACACCUACAACCGCAACUUCCGGCCGGCCCAGCGCGGCUGGCUGUCCAUCACGCUGGGCUCGCACUGGAUCGAGCCCGCGCGGCCCGACGCGGCGGCCGACGUGCAGCGGUGCCAGCGCUCCCUGGCGGCCGUGCUCGGCUGGUUCGCAGGCCCGAUCCACGGGCGCGGGGACUACCCGGCCGGCCUGCGGGACGAGCUGCCCGCCGCGCUGCCGCGCUUCUCGGCCGCCGAGCAGCGCCUGGUGCGGGGCACGGCCGACUUCUUCGCCUUCUCCUUCGGCCCCAACAACUUCAAGCCGCCGAGCACCGUGCCUAAAAUGGGGCAGAAUGUGUCCCUCAAUCUGAGACAAGUGCUGAACUGGAUCAAGCUGGAGUACGGCAACCCCCGAAUCCUGAUUGCCGAGAACGGCUGGUUCACCGACAGCCACGUGACCACGGAGGACACCACGGCCAUCUACAUGAUGAAGAACUUCCUCAACCAGGUUCUGCAAGCCAUCAGAUCUGAUGAAGUACAAGUGUUCGGUUACACCGCCUGGUCGCUCCUGGACGGCUUUGAAUGGCAGGACGCUCACACCACCCGCCGAGGGCUGUUCUAUGUGGAUUUUGACAGUAAACACAAAGAAAGGAAACCCAAGUCCUCAGCACGUUACUAUCAACAGCUCAUACAAGAGAAUGGUUUUCCUUUGAAGGAGUCCACACCCGACAUGCAGGGUCAGUUUCCCUGCGACUUCUCCUGGGGUGUCACCGAGUCUGUUCUUAAGCCCGAGCUGAUGGCUUCCUCUCCACAGUUCACUGACCCCAGCCUUUAUGUGUGGAAUGCCACGGGCAACAGACGGCUGUACCGAGUCAAAGGAGUCAAGCUGAAAACACGGCAGGCUCAAUGCACAGAUUUCAUCAGCAUCAAAAAGCAACUGGAGAUGCUGGCCCGAAUGAAAGUCACCCACUUCCGGUUCGCUCUGGACUGGGCCUCUGUCCUUCCCAGUGGCAACCUGACUUCGGUUAACCGUCAGGUUCUAAGGUACUACAGGUGUGUGGUCAGCGAAGGCCUGAAGCUCAACAUCUCCCCAAUGGUCACGCUGUACUACCCGACGCACGCCCACCUGGGCCUUCCCAGGCCGCUGCUGCACAAUGGAGGUUGGCUUAACCCAUCCACGGCUCAGGCCUUCCAGGACUACGCAGGGCUGUGCUUCAGGGAGCUGGGGGACUUGGUGCGGCUCUGGAUCACCAUCAAUGAGCCCAACCGGCUGAGCGACAUCUACAACCGCACAGGGAACGACACCUACCAGGCGGCGCACAACCUGCUGAUGGCCCACACGCUGGCCUGGCACCUCUACAACCGGCGCUACCGGGCGUCCCAGCACGGGGCAGUGUCCCUGGCUCUGCACUCGGACUGGGCGGAACCUGCCAACCCUUUCGUGGACUCGCACUGGAAGGCUACCGAGCGCUUCCUGCAGUUCGAGAUCGCCUGGUUCGCAGAGCCGCUCUUCGGGACCGGGGACUACCCGCGGGCCAUGCGGGAGCACCUGGCUUUCCGGAACCGGCGGGGACUGUCGGACUCCACGCUGCCGCACUUCACCGAGGCCGAGCGCAGGCUGGUCAAGGGCGCCGCCGACUUCUAUGCCCUGAAUCACUUCACCACCAGGUUCGUGAUGCACGAGCAGCAGAGGGGCAGCAGCUACGACGCAGACCGGGACGUGCAGUUCCUGCAGGACAUCACUCGCCUGAGCUCGCCCACGCGCCUGGCCGUGCUGCCCUGGGGCGCACGCAAGCUGCUGCACUGGAUCCGCAGUCACUACGGGGACGUGGACAUCUACAUCACGGCCAGCGGCAUCGACGACCAGGCGCGGGAGAACGACCGGCUCCGCAAGUACUACCUGGAGAAGUACGUCCAGGAGACGCUGAAAGCAUACCUGAUCGACAAAGUCAAAGUCAGAGGCUACUAUGCGUUCAAACUGACUGAAGAAAAAUCUAAACCCAGAUUUGGAUUCUUCACAUCCGAUUUCAAAGCCAAAUCUUCAGUAAAAUUUUAUAACACACUGAUCAACAGCGGUGGCUUCCCCUCCGAGGACAGCAGCCCUGCAUGCAGCCAGGCGCAAGAGGACAGAGAGUGCACCAUCUGCCCGCUGCUCCAGCAGAAAAAGCCGCUGAUAUUCUUUGGCUGUUGCUUGUUCUCCACCCUAGUUCUGCUAUUAGCAAUCAUCAUUUUUCACCAGCAAAGGAGAAGAAAAUUCUGGAAAGCAAAGAACUUACAAAACAUACCAUUACAGAAAGGCCACAAGAGAGUUCCUGGCUAAACUCAUCUCACUUCUGUCCUGAUAGCUUAGGAAGGCACUCCAGUCCCAUGCACUGUGAACUUACAGAACCGGACGUGUACUAGAGAAGGCACCUGGACCCCCUGGUAGUAACCACGGUGGUAACACUUGUCUCUCUCUGCGUGAGGUUGGAAUGAACUUCCCCUCAGGUGUGGACAGCAGCGUGUUCCAUUUUUGCAGCUGAGUAAGACUUUGCCCUAACUCAGAUUCGAGGGCUCCCUGAUCUGCAGGCUUCAUGAAAUGUGAUGAACUGUCUCCUAUCCUUUCUUUCUGGACUUCUUCCCCAAGUAGCAAUAGCUACUUGUGGCAAAGAAUUCUUUUUAAAAAGUGAAAAUCUGUCUUGUUUAGGCACCUCUGCAGAGAUGUCUGUGACUUCUGGCGAGGUAUUUCUAGGUCAAGGCGACCCUCAGUUGGAAAGCAAAACCACACUACAGUAAGCAACGAUUGUUGGCUAGUUACGGAAGGUUCUAAAACACAUCAUCCCUCCUCCCACAAAGAAUCAGAAAGCAUUCCUAAGACAUCUCUGUUGUGAGCUUUCUCUUGUUAGAUUUUCUUUUUUUUGUUUUGUUUUGUUUUUAAAUGCAACUCUUGGGUCAGGGAUAUAGCUUAGCAGCAAAGCACAAGGUCCUGAGUUCAAUUCUUGAUACCAAAAAAUAAAACAAAAUAAAAAAUAACAA